GAGAGAGAGAGAGAGAGAGAGAGAGAGAGAGAGAGAGAGAGAGAGAGAGAGGAGAGAGAAGAGAGAGAGAGCGAGAGAGGGAGACAGUGACGAUACGGUGCUCGUUUUGAUGUUUGGGAUCCAGGAGAGCAUCCAGAGGAGUGGGAGUAGUAUGAAAGAGGAGCCCAUGGUGGCCGGGAUGAACGCAGUUCGGACAUGGAUGCAGGGCGCCGGGGUGCUGGACGCCAACACAGCCGCCCAGAGCGGAGUGGGUCUUGCUCGGGCACACUUCGAGAAACAACCCCCCUCCAACCUACGGAAGUCCAACUUCUUCCACUUCGUUUUGGCUUUAUACGACCGACAGGGGCAACCGGUGGAAAUAGAAAGAACCACCUUCGUGGACUUUGUAGAAAAAGAUAAGGAAACGACGGGGGAAAAGACAAACAACGGGAUUCAUUACAGACUGCAGCUCCUCUACAGUAACGGCAUCAGGACGGAGCAGGACUUUUAUGUGCGCCUCAUUGACUCCAUGACUAAACAGGCCAUCAUCUACGAAGGCCAGGACAAGAACCCCGAGAUGUGCCGGGUCCUCCUCACCCACGAGAUCAUGUGCAGUCGAUGCUGUGAUAAGAAAAGCUGUGGAAACAGAAAACGAGACGCCCUCAGACCCCGUCAUCAUUGACAGGUAAGAAAUCUUCCUGAUUAUAUACCUCCUCCUGCAACGGCACACACACACUCACACGUGCACACACGCACACAUGCACUGUUUCUCCCACCUACAUACGCCAGCAAAUAUUAUUGAAUGCAAAAGUGAAUAAUGCUUUAAAAAAAAGUUAUAAAAAAGGUUUACAAUUACAUUACAGGAACACAAAACCUGUCUCCAAAAAUGUACAAUGAAUCCAAUUCAAGCAUUUAAGUAUUGUUCACGUCAAGGCGGUGCACAAAAUGCCGGAGAAUAAAGUGCAGGUUGGCUGUAUUUUGGCAACCCCAUAACUACGCGCCCUUAGGUGGUCACAGUGAGAGAUAAGUGAAAUAAUACAGAAGUGAAGCAGCGAUAAGCGCCUACUGCUGCUGGCGCUGGCUGAGUGUUAGGGGGUUAUAGGGCUGUUGGUGUGGCUGUAGUGAUGAUGAAUCAGCUAAUGAGGGGAUCAGGUUAUUGCUGGGAGUGUGAUGGCUAUGAGCCUUAAUCCAAGUCUGAAAGUGGCAGUGGUGCUGAUGGCCUGCUGUAGUUAUACACAGAUAGAUACACAUACACACAUACACACAUACCCACACACACACACGCACACACACAAACACACAUACACAUAC